UGAUGAGUCGUAGCAUUUUGCAGGGGCUGACAAAGGCUAGAUGGAUCUCCUUGGUCUUCUGAGACUUGUCUGCAAUUAGAUGUUCCUCCGGCUCCCCAGCUUUGCAUGAUCAGCAUUUCAUGGUCCAGAGGGUGUUCAAGACGCAUCGUGCAGUAUGCCUGCAUUGAUUUAAAUCCAGCAACCAGAGGCAAGCCAGCAUUAAGACGGAGCCGAUGCUGCUGUUUGGGGUUAACCGCAAAGAUGCAGGCUUGAUAUUUCUGAAAACCAUGGACCAAACGGAGGGGUCUAUCUAAGCACUGGGGGGUGGGGGUGGGGAUUCUUUGCAAAGGAAAAACACACACAUAAAUCUGAGCAGCACAUUGCAUUGCUUUUGCAAGUUCCACGCUUUGUCUGCCUCCUUGUAUUUCCGAGAGAAUCUCGCUCGCCUCUCUCCAGCAUCAGAUCCAGGCACUUUAGUUGGAGCGCACCUUGGAAGUCUCCUAGAGCUGCACUAGGGGCUGACAGCUUCACCGCAGACCGCGUCUCCCACCCAAAGGAAGUUCUGCCUCUUUCUCUUCUGUAAAGGAAGGCUUGGCAAGAGAGAAAUGCAAGUCUCCAUAGCAUGCACAGAGCAUAACCUCAAGAAUCGGAAUGGGGAAGACAGACUUAUCAGCAAACAGAACACCACGACCCCAAAUGCGGUCAACGCAGCCCGGGCGAAAUUCCGGACCGUGGCGAUUAUCGCUCGCAGUUUGGGAACCUUUACUCCUCAGCACCAUAUUUCUUUAAAAGAGUCCACUGCAAAGCAGACUGGCAUGAAAUAUAGAAACCUUGGGAAAUCUGGAUUAAGAGUUUCAUGUCUGGGGCUGGGGACAUGGGUCACGUUUGGAGGUCAAAUUUCAGAUGAGGUUGCUGAACAGCUAAUGACGAUUGCCUAUGAAAGUGGCGUAAACCUGUUUGACACGGCAGAAGUGUACGCGGCUGGAAAGGCUGAGGUGAUUUUGGGAAACAUCAUAAAAAAGAAAGGCUGGAGGAGGUCGAGUCUGGUUAUUACAACAAAACUCUACUGGGGAGGAAAGGCUGAAACAGAAAGAGGACUUUCAAGAAAACACAUUAUUGAAGGAUUGAAAGCCUCUCUCCAGAGACUGCAGCUGGAGUAUGUGGACGUCGUCUUUGCAAAUCGACCAGACAAUAACACCCCGAUGGAAGAAAUUGUCCGAGCAAUGACACACGUGAUCAACCAGGGGAUGGCAAUGUAUUGGGGAACUUCCCGCUGGAGUGCCAUGGAGAUCAUGGAAGCCUAUUCUGUAGCAAGACAGUUUAAUAUGAUUCCACCGGUGUGUGAACAAGCUGAAUACCACCUUUUCCAAAGAGAAAAAGUAGAGGUUCAGUUGCCGGAAUUGUACCACAAAAUAGGUGUUGGUGCAAUGACCUGGUCUCCGCUUGCCUGUGGGAUUAUCUCAGGGAAAUACGCCAAUGGAAUUCCCGAAAGCUCAAGAGCUUCCCUGAAGUGCUAUCAGUGGCUCAAGGAGAAGAUUGUGAGCGAGGAAGGAAGGAAGCAGCAGUUGAAGCUGAAAGAUCUCUUCCCGAUUGCUGAACGUCUCGGAUGCACACUACCUCAGCUAGCAGUGGCAUGGUGUCUACGUAAUGAGGGUGUAAGUUCUGUUCUCCUUGGAUCUUCCAAUCCGGAGCAACUAAUAGAGAAUCUUGGUGCCAUACAGGUUCUUCCGAAGAUGACAUCCCACAUCGUGAAUGAGAUCGAUAAUAUUUUGGGGAACAAGCCUUUCAGCAAGAAGGACUACAGAUCCUAAUACAUUGCAUGAUUAAACUGGACUGCAUGGCUAAAAUAGUGCUCCGUACAUAG